AUGCCAUCGACCUCAGCAACGCUUCCACCCUGGGUACCUCCCAAGCCGACGCAGGAGACCGAUCUCGAAUGGGCGCCCCUGACCACGCUCGACCUGUCCACCAUCACGGGCGAUGACUACACCUCUGUCCCCUCCUCGGUCGUCUCUGCGGUCGGCGAGGCUUUCUCGCGGGACGGUUUCAUCUAUGCCGAGAACCACGGUCUCACGUGGGACCACGUUCUCCGCCAAUUCGCCAUUGGUCAAUACGCCUUCAACGGUGUCUCUGAAGCGGACAAGGCGGCGUACAAAGCGGACAUUCUCGGCACCGGUUCGUUUGUCGGCUACAAAGAACAGGGGCAUUGGAAGCUCAACGGGGUCAAGGACCGAAUUGAGCAGCUCAACUUUGGUUCUCGCUCCUUCGCCCCUGAAGAGCGCAAGAAGCUCUUCCCACCGAGUCUGCAGGAGUUGCUGCCGGAGAUCGAGGAGUUCGCGAGGUUCAACCACGCCGUGAUUCUGCGCAAGAUCCUGAGCGUUCUGAGCUUGGUGUUGAAGUUGCCUGCGGAUUACCUGUGGAAUCUGUCCAAGGAGCCCGAGAAGCGCGGACUGGACUUGCUUCGAUAUGCCAUGUACCACACACCGGACAACGAGGACGACGAGAAGCUCGGCGGGGUGCGACUUCAGGGCCACACGGAUUUCAACAGCGUCUCGAUCCUCUGGAGUCAGCCGAUCACGAGUCUCGAGGUGCUGAUGCCGGACAACCAGUGGCGUCUCGUCAAGCACCGCGACAAUGCGUUGGUCAUCAACCUCGGUGAUGCCAUGCACUUUAUCAGCGGCGGAUACCUCAAGCAGACCAUCCACCGUGUUGUUGCUCCCCCCGCAGACCAGAGCCACUACACCCGUCUCGGCAUCUUCUACUUUGCGCUGUUCAACGACGAGGUGAGCCUCGAGCCGCUCGAGGAGGAGUCCGAAGUGGUGCGCGAGGCGUACAAGCAGGUCAAGGCCAAGGAGGGCGGCUUCUGGGAUGUUGCCAAGUCCAAAGGCGAGCCCGUCCCCACGGCUGGUGGCUGGGAGAGGUUGAGGGUCAAGGCGUACGGCCAACAGCACGCAAAGAAGGCCGACGACGGUCACGAUGUCGAGGAGAUCGCCGGUCAAAAGGUGACGGGUUACAACGGUGAGAGGGUUAAGAGCAAGGCUGUGUUGGGCGCCCAGCAGGCUAGCGUCAAGGCCAACUAA